AUGGCUUCCAGUUUUGACUGUGUUCCCACGAGAUCUCGUGGUCAUUGCGGCCGAUCACACGGGAAUACGUACUCCUGUCUGUACUCCUGUCUGUACUCCUGUCAGUACUCCUGUCUGUACUCCUGUCAGUACUCCUGUCUGUACUCCUGUCAGUACUCCUGUCUGUACUCCUGUCAGUACUCCUGUCUGUACUCCUGUCUGUACUCCUGUCAGUACUCCUGUCUGUACUCCUGUCAGUACUCCUGUCUGUACUCCUGUCAGUACUCCUGUCAGUACUCCUGUCAGUACUCCUGGCUGUACUCCUGUCAGUACUCCUGUCUGUACUCCUGUCAGUACUCCUGUCUGUACUCCUGUCUGUACUCCUGUCAGUACUCCUGUCAGUACUCCUGUCUGUACUCCUGUCAGUACUCCUGUCAGUACUCCUGUCUGUACUCCUGUCUGUACUCCUGUCAGUACUCCUGUCAGUACUCCUGUCUGUACUCCUGUCAGUACUCCUGUCAGUACUCCUGUCAGUACUCCUGUCUGUACUCCUGUCUGUACUCCUGUCAGUACUCCUGUCAGUACUCCUGUCUGUACUCCUGUCAGUACUCCUGUCAGUACUCCUGUCAGUACUCCUGUCUGUACUCCUGUCUGUACUCCUGUCAGUACUCCUGUCAGUACUCCUGUCUGUACUCCUGUCAGUACUCCUGUCAGUACUCCUGUCUGUACUCCUGUCUGUACUCCUGUUUCAGGUGA